ACAAGACUCUUAUGAAAGAAGAAUGAAUUUCCAGCCUUUGAUUGGACUGUAUCUCAUAUCUCCUCUAUGGGCAUCGCUGGCACUUUAUUCAUCAGAUCCUGUGCUGCAGUUUGCUAUGGCAGGAGACAGAGCUACCUUGAAAUGUGGUUUACCUUCUAUUGGAUCCUGCUCUUCAGUAAACUGGACAGUCAGAGGUUUAAUAUGGGAUAAAUAUGAGGUGGUUACAGCUGGAAAAGUGACACCUUUAAAGGAAAACAAGUAUCGUCUGCUAAAGGAUUGCUCACUGGAGAUCCCUCAGAUGGAGCGUGAUGAUGCCAAGCUGUACACUUGUGAAAGUGGAGCGCUAAAUUCAAGUGUUUCCCUUCGGUUUCUUGACAUUGCUGAGAACAAACGUCCAGCAGAGGGCACAAUAGAACUUUACUGUUCGUUCAGUAAAUCUACAGGAUUUGGCCCCUGUAAAAAUGACACAAACAUACAUAUCACCUGGACAACUGAGGAUGAUGUUCCAAUAACUGGUAACAGAUUUAGAUUUGAAAAUCCAUCUGUUUGCUUCUCAAAACUCAUCAUUACCAGGAAACUGACCGACCAUCACAGAAUAUGGAAAUGUCAAAUAACCCAAAAUGGUGAGGUUAGAGCGUCUGGCAAGUACAGGACAACAGUAAGAGAUGGGCUGGAGGAAGUGUUCACUGCUGUUGGUGAGUCAGUGUCGCUUCUAUGCAGAAACACUUCCUCUCCCAGACUUGGAGACCGAAUAGAGUGGACACUGAAUAACAAAAUGCUCAGUGAUCUGGUACCUGAAAAUGGCCAAACAAAUGUAUGUCAUGUGAACAAAGACUCAUCCUUAGUAAUCAGCAAACUGACUCCUCUGCAUGCUGGUGAUUACCAGUGUAUGGGCUCCACUGAAGAGCAAAGAGUGUUGCACAAAAUUAGGGUUCACACCCUUGAUGUUGCAGCAAAUACACAGCAAAUAGGAGGAAAUCUCUCUUUGAUCUGUGUGCUUACUUAUGUUGAAAAAGGUGAAGAAAACUUAAAUUUAACUUGGUCUGGAAGCAACCAAGAGCAUUGGCAAGGCAGACUAUUUAAUGUUAACAAAACAUUGAUCAAUGAGCUUCUUCUCCCGGUUUGGCCAGUUAGCUCUGAUGCAAUAACCUGCUAUGUGUACAGAGAAGGUUCAAAGAUGGCGUCAAAAAGCUUGAGCUCUGUUAAAUUUCUGCAGGUCUCCUGGGUCUUAGCCCUUCGUCUUGGCCUUAUAAUAGGUGUACCUGCAGUUGGAUUUUGCAUCUACAUGAAGUGGAAACACUGCAAUAAUGCAGAGCCAUGAGAAAACACAGCAAGGAAGAAGAACCACAAGAAACAGAAGACAAAUUUACAGAGAAGCACUCACUGCUGAUGUUCUACAAUUUGUAAAAGGUCAUAAUAGCAGAGGGAAAUAAACAAUGUUUUGUGUUUAAUUCAUAUGCCAUUAUUAAAGAUUUUGUAUUCUUAAUUAUUUUAGCAACAACAUUUUUUAUGUGUUUUGUAGACGGAUAAAAAGCUUAUGCUCACCUGGAUAACAUUAACUGUCUCUACAUUUUAAGGUCUAAAAUGAUGAUUCUGGAGCACCACAUGGCUCAGUGGUUGAGCCACUUUAUCGAUGAUUUUAUAAUGUUAUAUUUUUCUGUGCCACAUCUUUGUUUCUGUCAUGUAAGCUGUCACCUUUUAGCUACUUAUCCACAUGUUUCCAGCAUCAAUGUAAAUUUCUGCAGUUUUGCUGUACCUGGCUUUGCUGCUGAAUAUUUAGCAAGCAAUACGUUUUUUUAUCAUAGGAAGUAAGACAUCAUAUAUCAAAA